CGCGCGGGGCUCCUCUACAGUUGCGCUUCUACCGAGGGGCGUAGAAUAGGGGUGAGGGACGGGUCACUUAUAACUUAUCACUUUGCAGUACAUACAUACUACUACCUAGGAGGCGUUGUCGCGAUUCAGGUGCAAUAAUCUUGGGUCUGGCCCCCCGAUUUAGUAUGGUAUAGGACCAAGCCACUUCUAAUGCGCAGAGAAAUGUCCGGUCUGAGACUACCGAAGAACCUUCGACUGCAAUGUACUGUUCAUGUAACUGUCAUGUAUAUACUACUGUCUUGCUGCAUCGGACAUCAACCCCUAACAGAUCCGCCAUACAGUACAUCCUCGCUUGGCCCCGACAAUGGCUCCGACGAGAUGUUCGAAGGAUCCCACGAUAACACAAGCCAUGUGAGCAAUGCAAGGAGAGGAACUGCCAGAUCAUGCUACGCAACCAGUUGUCCUCGGCUCCAAGAUAAAGUUUGCGUCUCAAGUAACCCUUCUGCCGCCCCUACAUACCUAAGGAGCUACCUUAGACUUCUGAAAGGACCAUCAUGUGCUGCAGCUCUGCGGGCUAUCAAACAUCAUAUCGUUGAGACAAAAUUCGAAAGGUAAUUGCCCACAGGCCUAUAAAUUUAGGCUGCUCAAGGUAUAGACUGGAUUGGAUCCGCAAGUUGUUAUAGACAGGGUAUAGAAGCUAUAUAUCAUGAGCAAUGUGAUUCCUUUGAACCAGGAGGAAGUGU